AUGCUCGUCACCAAGACCUUCCACGACGUCCCGUCCAAGCUUGACCCCAAUGGUCGCCCUAUCAGGGUUUUUGUCAUUGCCCCUUCCGUCCCAGGCUAUCCGAACGCCAAGUUCCCUGGUGUUGUUUGCUUCAGUGAGAUCUACCAAGUGACCGGACCUGUUGAACGUUUCGCGGGCCAGAUCGCCAGCCAGGGCUUUGUCGUUGCGUGCCCCUCGACCUACCAUGAGUUCGAAGGCCCUGAGGGCAUCCCGUAUGACGUCGAAGGCACCGAUCGGGGGAACAAGUACAAGAUUGAGAAAACGAUCGCGGCCUACGACGAGGACGCAGCCUUGGCCAUCGACCUCUUGUGCUCCCUGAAGAACUGCAACGGGCGCAUCGCAGCGACUGGCAUGUGCCUCGGCGGACACCUGGCGUUCAGGGCCGGCUUCGACAAGCGCGUCCUCGCCUCCGUCUGCUUCUUCGGGACCGACAUCCACUCCGCGACGCUCGGCAAGGGCAAGAGCGACAACUCCCUCGUCCGCGUCCGCGCCGGCGAAAUGAACGCCGAGCUCGUCAUGAUAUUUGGCAAACAGGACACACACGUUCCCCGUCCAGGCCGUGACCUCAUCCGCCAGACGCUGGAAGACGCCAAUGUGACUGCCUCGUUCCUCGAGGUCCAAGCUCAGCACGCCUUCAUCCGUGACGAGUCCUCCAAGGGUCGUUGGGACGCCGCCUUGACCCGUUCUCUCUUCACCUUCAUGAUGGAGGUCUUUGAGAGGACUGUUGGCCGAGACCUCGGUGAUAAGGUCGAUGAUGGCGCAGAGAUCGAGCAUGUCUGCUGA